UGUUUUUCUCUUCUGCAAUCUCCUUUUGUCCUCCUCCUCUAUGUCUGUCUCCUUUUCGAAAGGUUUUCGGUCUAUUUAAGAUUGCAUGGAUUGUCAGUAACUUUGGAAGAAUGUUUGGGAAAGAGUUUCCAGAAAGAGCUGCUCCAUUGUUCUGCUCCAGUGAUGAUCAUAUGUCAGCCGUCUACGGAAACCUACAAGAUCGGGCACGAUUUGCUGUUAAGUUUGUUAUGAAGCGUGACAGACAGACACCCAGCAGACUUAAGGGAACCAAAAUCCCCUAAGUGCAUUCUUCUAUGCAGUUUUGCUUUAGAAAAAUAGGUUCUCUCUAAGGUACAUCUUAAAGAGAGUUAGAAUCUUGAUUCUGCAACGAAAGUAAAACUUGCUAUUCACGCCACACGCUUUUGUUUUGGAAUCCGUUACGGCUGCACUCAACCACGUAGCUGUGCCCCUAGUGGUGGCUACUAUUCACUGUGAAGACUACUCUUUUACCAAAAAAGAGAAGCUCACACGGGCUUCUGCUUCUCAUACUAAAUCUAUUCAGUUUGUGGCACUUGGACUCAAACUCGAGAGGGGCUGAAAAGUCAACAACCCUAAAGAGGGGUUGAAAAGUCAACAACAGACGAAUUAUAUAAACUGAGCAACAAACUUUAGUCUGCCUGUGAUUAUUUUCUUGGCACAUGCUCUUUAACCUAUAAAUACAUUAUGGUUCUCUGGACAUUCUUGUGGACGGAGGGUUUAGUGUUUGUUUGGUCGCCAGGAAUGAUGAAUUUAACCACAGCGGAACAGAAACUUGGUGUUUUUUUUGGGUCAACGGAAUAUACUGAAAAAACUCCCUCAGGAAGUCUUGGUCGAACUGGACACAUGACACAAAUGCGGAUGUACUCACAACGUCACAUCCCCCCCUCCCACCUUCCCUCCCCCUUCCGUGUGUGAAACUACCGAAGCCAAUCCGUGGGAAUUAGGACACCUAAACGGUGCCACAGUUCAACACACCAUUAAUUUUGUCCUGUCAUCAUUCAAAUCAAGCAGUAGUUCUUCUUAUUGAGCCACACUUGUUUUCAACAUUUAGUUUUCUAAAUAAUAUGAAUCAGUACGGUGGCAGCAUUUGCCUUUUUUAGUUCACAUGAUUAAACACCAAAAGCAAUAGAUGCAUUGGGGAAAUAAGAGUGACCUCCACUGUUCUCCGUUGGCGCAUUAACUUUAACAGCAGUUUGCUGAACCACACUCUGACUCAGUCCGCACAACCAACAGGGUUUUAUUUGUCUAGCCCCACUGCAAAAGGAGGGGGGUGGGGGAUACGAUCAUUCGACCCCUAAUGGCCCUGUGUCUCGGACAAGUGUUCAGCAAGGACAAAACAUUCCGGCCUCGGAAGAGGUUCGAACCGGGAACCCAGCGCUUCGAGCUCUACAAGAAGGCCCAGGCCUCUCUGAAGUCCGGCCUGGACCUCAGGAAGGUGGUGCAGCUGCCCGAGGGCGAGAACAUCAACGACUGGAUCGCCGUGCACGUGGUGGACUUCUUCAACCGCAUUAACCUGAUCUACGGCACGGUGAGCGAGUUCUGCAGUGAGCGCUCCUGCCCCACCAUGUCCGGCGGUCUGCGCUACGAGUACCGGUGGCAGGACGGUGAGGACUACCGCAAGCCCACCAAGCUGCCUGCCCUUAGGUACAUGAACCUGCUGAUGGACUGGAUUGAGUCGCGCAUCAACGACGAGGACAUCUUCCCCACCAGAGUAGGCGUUCCUUUCCCCAGGAACUUCCAGCAGGUGUGCAAGAAGAUGCUGAGCCGACUGUUCCGUGUCUUCGUGCACGUGUACAUCCACCACUUUGACAGCAUUUGCAGCAUGGGGGCCGAGGCCCACAUCAACACGUGCUACAAACAUUACUACUACUUCAUAUCCGAGUUCAGCCUCAUCGAGCACUCAGAGCUGGAGCCACUGAAAGCCAUGACAGAGAAGAUAUGCAACUAACUUCAGCCUAUGGAGACAGUUUGGCAGUUUACAUUUCAACAUUCCCUGAGCCUGGAGAGGAAUCAAACACUUCAAAAAUAGACAUUCCAAACAGACUGUUCCCCAAAAAACACAUUCUGGAAGUUAUCUGUGAAGCUUUACAUAGAGCAUGUUUCUUUAGGGACUUUUUUCUUUGUUUAGUUAUAUAAAAUGUGUUUAAUGCUUUAUUUUCUUUGAUACUCUUGUUUGAUCCAAAACAAUGGUACACGAGAGAGUAUUUACAUUAUUGUUUUCAUAAAUAUGUUAUUUUCCAUAUAAAGUCAUUAUAUAUUUACAGUGUAAAUAUUGGUGUUGUGUCUAAAUAAAACCUGGAU